AUGGCGGGGGUCGAAAGGAGACUCGUAUAUCGGGGAGUGGCAGGAGGGAAGGCAGAAGGAUACGGAGUGCACACAUGGACCAACGGAGAUAGGUAUGAGGGCGAGUUUCGGAACUGUCUGAAGCACGGAGAAGGACUUCUUCAAGGGAAUUUCAGAGCCGGCCUGCGCAACGGCCAGGGCGUCUGGAAGAAGGGGCCCGGACGGAGCGACAAGUACGAGGGCGAGUACGUCGACGACAAGAAGGAAGGCUACGGGGUGUUCGUAUGGGCCGAUGGGAGAGUCUACAAGGGCCACUUCCUCAACGACAUGCGGGAAGGCUUCGGGGAAAUGACGCGCACCGAUGGCAGCGUCUACCGCGGCAACUGGGCGGCCGACCAGGAAACCGACCCAGUCGAGAAGUCCAUCGAGCACGACGAGGAUUGCGAGUUGUUCGUGCCUUCGCAGGGCUACUUCCCCGAGCACCCCACCGAGGAGGGCCACAACAUCCGUCCCUACUACCCCGAGGAGGAUAUCCCCCAGCCGACUCCUCUCUACCACGAGCCUCAGCCGCCAGCGAUCCUCAAGUCGGCAUCGAGGAACUUCCGCCCGCGCAGUUUGGCGAAGAGCGGGUCGAGGGGGGAGCAGCGUUCGCGCGGGGGCGAGAGCCAGGGAUCGAAGGCGAGGGGAAUGGUGAAGAAGCUGUCGGUUGGAACUGUGGCAGGAAAACCCAAUCCCUAUCGGCAAGCCAACGAGAAAAUGCUCGCUUCUUCCUUCUUCCUCUACAAUUAA